AUGAAGUUGCGACCGCUGAACCGCAAAUCUACAUUUACAGUUAAUCUUGUCGAACAAAUUGCCAUCGCUCGCGAGGGUGACCUGCUGACCAAGGAGCGACUGUGUUGCGGCCUGUCCAUGUUUGAGGUGAUCCUGGCGCGCGUGCGCGGCUUCCUGGACGACCCCAUCUGGCGCGGCCCGCUGCCCAGCAACGGCGUCAUGCACGUGGACGAGUGCGUGGAGUUCCAUCGUCUGUGGAGCGCCAUGCAGUUUGUCUACUGCAUCCCCGUCGGCGCACACGAGUUCACCGUCGAGCAGUGCUUCGGCGAUGGACUCCACUGGGCGGGCUGCUUGAUCAUCAGCCUGUUGGGCCAGCAGAGACGCUUUGACAUCCUCGACUUCAGCUACCACCUGCUGAAAGUGCAGAAGCACGACGGCAAGGACGAGCUCAUCAAGAGCGUACCGCUGAAGAAAAUGGUGGACCGCAUCCGCAAGUUCCAAGUACUCAACAACGAGAUCUUCGCCAUCCUGAAUAAGUACCUCAAACCGAGCGACGGCGAGAACAUGCCGGUGGAGCACGUGCGCUGCUUCCAGCCGCCCAUCCACCAAUCACUGGCCAGCAGCUGAGUGCAAAAAUAUUACAAAUAUUCCCUUUUUGGGGUCAGGGGACUCGGCUAGCAAAGACCAUUGAGUUUUAUUCCCACAAUAAAAUUUUUGUAUUCACACGUGCCUUAUCGGGGAAAUAGAUUGUUUUAUACUUCUAGAUAGACUUUCUAAGAGAUUAAUAUUUAAAAGAUUUUGUGGUGUUGGUGGUGGUGAUGAAGAUGGAACAUUAGAAGUGAGGUGAAGUUGUUUUGUUUUUCAUAUUUUGCAUGCCAACGCAUUUCCAUUGACUGUGCCUUGACUUUUAAUCAUCCUUUUAUUAUUUCAAUAAAUAUGUAACAAAUCUGUUGGUUCA